CACAACACCUGAGACUGUUUGAGGCAAGCAUCCAAGGUACCAUGUCCUCUCGAUCUAUAACUAUAGUGUCCUCUGGGCGGAGCACAGGACUCAACUGCAAUGGGGUGAGGAUGCAUGGCACUCAGCUCUCCUCACAGCCCAAGCUCCCGCAGGAGGAGGACAGGGAGUCUGGUCUCGGCUCCACCCUUGACCUCAGUAGCAGCUUCGAGUGUUCCAAGCAACAUACCAAUCAUGGCUCCAGCAAACCUUCGCUCAGGGAGGCAGACAUGCUCCCUAAAAAGAAAGACAGCUCUCUACAGACCACAGGAGGGAGUCCGCACAAGAUCAAGCAGCUCCUUAUCAAUCUAUCCAAGAUCCCUCUCCUCCUCAUCCUCCUUUUUCUCUUUGUAUGCUCUUUGGACACUCUGAGCUCUGCCUUCCAGUUAGCAGGGGGUAAAGUGGCUGGGGACAUUUUCCAGGACAAUGCGGUGCUGUCUAACCCUGUGGCAGGGUUGGUGGUGGGAAUCUUGGUUACUGUGCUAGUCCAGAGCUCAUCCACCUCCACCUCCAUUGUCGUCAGUCUCGUGGCCUCCGGAUUGCUAGAAGUGCGGUCAGCCGUUCCGAUCAUAAUGGGGUCCAAUAUUGGGACUUCAGUCACGAACACCAUAGUGGCAAUGAUGCAAGCAGCAGAGAGGAGCGAGUUCGAGCGUGCCUUCGCUGGGGCAACAAUCCACGACUGCUUCAACUGGCUGUCGGUGCUGGUUCUGCUGCCGCUGGAGGUGUUGAGUGGCUUCAUGGCUCGGCUGUCACACCUGCUGGUCACCAGCUUCAAGCUUCAACCGGGGGAGGAAGCACCUGAGCUGCUCAAGGUCAUCACAGAGCCAGUCACCAAGCUCAUCAUACAGCUGGACAAGUGUGUGAUCACAGGGAUCGCCAUGGGAAAUGAGGACAUGAGGAACAGGAGCCUGGUGAAAGAAUGGUGCCAGACUGACCUUGUUAUGCCCACUGAUAAUGUGAGCACUGCAAACUGUGGCCCCAGUCAUGACUUGUCCCAGUCAUCACUGAAGUGUAAGCAUUUGUUUGUGUCUUCCGGGCUGUCAGAUCUCACAGUGGGCCUGAUUCUACUGGCAGGCUCUCUGGCUGUCCUCUGUACCUGUCUGAUGCUUCUGGUCAAGCUGCUCAACUCUCUCCUUAAAGGCCAAGUCGCAAAGGUUAUCCAUAAAGUCAUCAACACAGACCUGCCAUAUCCAUGUGGGUGGCUGUCAGGGUACAUGGCCAUGUUUGUGGGUGCGGGGGUAACAUUUGUGGUCCAGAGUAGCUCUGUGUUUACUUCAGCCAUGACUCCCCUAAUAGGUAUCGGUGUGAUCAGUCUGGAGAGGGCCUAUCCUCUCACCCUUGGGUCCAACAUCGGCACCACUGCCACAGCCCUGCUGGCAGCCCUGGCCAGUCCUGGGAACAAGCUAGCAGCUGCCAUACAAAUUGCUCUGUGUCACCUCUUCUUCAACGUCCUUGGCAUUCUGCUGUGGUAUCCUCUUCCUGUCACGCGCCUGCCGAUAAGGAUGGCUCGAGUCCUGGGUGAGCGCACUGCCAAGUAUCGCUGGUUUGCAGUCUUGUACCUUCUCCUCUGCUUCUUGCUCCUGCCCUCGCUUGUGCUGGGCCUCUCGCUGGCAGGCUGGAGGGUGAUGGCAGGUGUUGGGGCUCCUUUCCUUGGUGUGACCGUCUUCAUCGCCAUGGUAAAUGUGAUGCAGACUCGUAGUCCUCACCACCUGCCUACUAAGCUCCAGAGCUGGGACUUCCUGCCCCAGUGGAUGCGCUCUCUCAAACCGCUCGACCGCCUCAUCACCAAGGGGACUGCAUGCUGCGGUUCUGCAUGUAAAGUGGGGCAGGGAGAAGAAGAGGAGCAUAUAUCGACACAGACGACAUCUGAUGACAUGCAGAAAGAGUCGGCACAGAGGAAGGCACAGCUGGCUUAUGACAACCUGGUCCUGGACUACCUGGACGAGAUCAGACCAGGUGUAAGGGUACUUAAAUUAAAAGGGUUAGAGAGGUGCAACAGCACUCCACUGUAGUCAGAGUGACAACUUUUAUGCUGAAUUUUUUGUCAACAUCAUAAUUUGGAAAUUAAGCCAGUUUUUAUCAUUAAUUAAUAAUUGGAAGACAGCCUGCCAAAGGCAGGUUAAAUAUCAUGAGUGCAGCAUGAAAUUUUCAUCCAUGUUUGAUUUUCGUCCAACUGAGCAAGCUCUGCCUAUUGAUGAAGAUCAUCUGAUAUGAUAAAAAGCCCCCAAAACAGUUACUGUAUGCACCUUGAGUUAACUUGUCACUUGUUGUCAAGAUCAAGAAUGAACUUUGAAAUUCAGUUGAUGAUGAACUGCAAACAGAUUAUGAGUCUGUAACUGCAUUAAAGGUACCUUGAGGAGCUUUU